AUGGGCGAUCAGGAUUCCGAGCAGGCAAUAGAAAUUAAAACAGAACCAAGCGAAAGUGAAAACGACGUCGAAAGCGUACUACCCACAUUCGAAAUCGGUUCGUUGCAACAGCUGUUGGACCGCGAAGUGGAGGUUAUCGAUCUGACGGAGGAUGAAUAUAUGAAGGAAUUUCAAACCUUCCUCAGCACACUCGCCGAGCGGCGCAUUGACAUUGAAGCACGUUCGGCAACGACCAAACUUAAAUCCAAAAAGAUCCGUUACGUGCUGGGCGUGGCGGUGGAGUAUCUGGAAGAGAUCUGCUUCCACCAGGAUGCUUCAAUAGGCGAGUUGUUUGAUUUGCAGUUCAAAAAUCUGCUUAUGUAUGGCCGUUUGGUAGAGCAGCUUCAAAAAGAUGAUAUGACUAUCUACAACCUCGACGAUGGAACCGGCCGGGUAGCGGUCUAUUACAAACAUAAACAUGAGAAAGAGAAAGGCAUUCUCAGUAAACUGGACUACCUCGAGCAUGUUCUACGGGACGCAAACCAGCCGCUGAACGAUGAGGGUGUGCCUGAGUCGGCAGAAUUGAGGGACCAUUUGAAAACGAUAAUUGAGAUGACCAAGGCCAACUGUUUAAGGCGUAUGCAUCACCCAGCACUCGGAACACGAUGCUUCGUCCUAGGUGUCCCGUUUAUACGGCACGACGAUACCGUUGCCAUUUACGCCUUCAGUUUGCUACCUGAACUCGAGAGAGGUAAAUCUAGUGAAUUGUUUUGGAAAAGUUACCUGAUAUCCUUCUACGAACCGUACUUUGUUGACGAAGAGAGCGAAACAUGUUCCGAAGAGUCUGAUACCGAAGCGGCGGAGGUUAGCGAAGGGGAGGCGGUUAGAGAAGCUGUGGAGGUCAGCGAAGCCGAGAAGGUUAGCGAUGCCGCGGAACCUAAUGAAGUGAUUUGA